AUGAAGAGCUGCUCCUUCUCGGUGGUCCACAGCAUCCGCCACGUGUCUGAAAGCGAUUCUCCGGUGGUGACGCUCCCGCGGCUGGUGGCAGCCAGUGAAUCGACGGCCUCAAUUAUCUGGGAAAGCCUCUGCGGGUCCGACUGUGUUUUGAGGCCGCGGUCCUGGUCGGCGAUCAGGCGGAGGAGGUGGCGCUUGGCGUCGACAGACGGAGACUGCGAUUGGUUGAUGAGGGACGAACGCGUGACCCUAGCGGAUCUCCUUCGCGGGAGAGAGAAAUUGGAAAUGGCGGGAAGGGAGAGAGACCAUAGCUGGCCCCGGAAACUGAUACCGGUUGAGUCGUUUCCAGGGGGUGGUGGAGCCGCCGCGACUGCCACAGGGGCCUCGUGUUCGCUCCGGCGAGAAUUAUCGGAACUUUGA